AUGGAGCCAACUGAACAGACUGGAGAGAAGAUCGAAGGCCCAGAAAUACCAACCAAUGAAGAGCCUAAUGCAAUGAUUGAGGAGGAAAUCGCAUCCCAAAAUGUUAACGACCCGAACAACUUUAAAAUAAGUGAUCACCCUGGAAGUAGCGAUUUCGCCAAUGAGGAGGAAGAGAUAAACAAUUUUGAACAACUGGAGGACAUUGAACAUUCCGAUUCUGCGUUAGACGAGGAAAAAGAAAAUAAGGAAGAACUGGAAGCCGAGGAUGAAAAGGCGCUGAUAGAUGAGGAACCAGAGGCUUCUGACGAUGAACUCGAAGGAUUGGCAGAGGAACAGAAUGAAAGUGGGAAAGAUGGAGGGGAUGAUGAAAUGGGAGAAAAAGAGAAGGAGGAGAGUCCUGAGAAAACAGAUGAACCUGAAGUUGUAAAAGACGAGGAAGCCGUGGGGGAGGUAAAGGAAGAGAAUGACGUUGACGAAAUGGCCGAACAAUCCGAGGAGAUAAAAGAUAAUGAAGAAGCGAAUAAUAACGAAAGUACAUCAAUUGGUGCUUCCAUCCAAGGUUUUUUAUCGAAAGCGUUUGGCAAAUUAAGCCAUGCAAAUGAAAAAGAGGUAUAA